UGCCGGUGAUUUUUGGAUCUGAUGGCGUUCCGUACUCAAGACUUCUGCAUUCACUCUCAGCGAUGUAAACGCGUCUUCAGCUGUUGUCAUGCUCGGAGACGCCGCGCACAUUUUCCCAGCAGAAGAUGGUUUGUUUGAGGAGACGUUCAGCACGGAUAACACAUACAGAGUUCACGGACUGAACAUCACGAUACACCAGGAUUACAGCGCGAGCCUGGGCGUCGCUGCGUCAGUCUGGGACUCCGCUCUGCAUUUAUGUCAGUUCUUUGAGAACGAGUCUCUGGAUCUCAGUGGGACACGGAUCAUAGAGUUGGGUGGAGGAACAGGACUGGUCGGCAUAGUGGCUGCACGAUUAGGAGCCCAUGUGACCAUCACAGACUUACCUUCUGCUGUUUCUCAGAUAGAGAGGAACAUUGCAGCGAACACGCCUCUCUCAGGAUGGCCCUUGGACGGCCCCACUGUGUCAGUGCUGGCGUGGGGCCUGGACCACAGCCGAUUCUCCUCCAGCUGGGACUUUGUGCUGGGCGCUGAUAUCGUCUAUCUGCCUGAAACCUUCCCUCUUCUCUUGGACACACUGGUUCAUCUGUGCCGGGACGGGGCUGUUGUCUACCUGGCGUCAACGAUGCGCAGAGAACACGGCGCUCAGGACUUCUACGACCGCGUGUUACCGCAGAUGUUCAGCGUGGAGCUCGUGCAAAGAGAUCCUGAGAACAAUAUCAAUAUUUAUAAAGCCACUUUGAGAUGAGCCGUCCAUCUGUCCCCCAAACCGCAUGUCUUGUGUAGCGUAUCAGAGUCUAUUUUUACAUAUGGAGCUGGGACGCAUGAAUAUGUACUAUAUGCAUAAACGUAUUAUUAAAUACCAAUUAUGUGGCACAUUGUACACUUCAGUGAAAUUGUUGUUAUCCUUUACAUUUUUAUAAUGAAAACUUAUGUUAAUUGUAACUAACUGACAGCAUUGGGGAGUAACAGAAUACAUGUGACAUUAUGUAUUUAUAAUACAAAAUAUUCCUUUAUAGUUGCAACUGAAAUAUUUUGUAAUCCCAUUACAUUUACAUUAAACAUGUAGAUUACUUAACAGAUUACCAUAAAUUUAAUUGCCAGUUUACUCUGUGAAAUGCAUCCAUUGAUGUCUGAGGAGUGUUUUAGUGAACGUCUCGCUUAUAAUGUACAUUACUUUCUUUUUCGGGCCAUUUCCGAACUCGGAGCCCUUCCCUGGACAGCACUCCAAAUACACAUUACUAUACCUCAACUAAUUAUAUGUAAGUGUGAACUCGUGAACUGAAGCCUAACAAAAAUAUUAUUAAAAAAAAAACAAAAAAAAGUUUUCAACUUGUAAAGAGGAGUUUGUGAAACUGAAGUGCAUGAAGGGACUGGAUGAGCUGGAUCAAGUGUGUUUAUAAAAAGUUUUAGAUAUGGGUAAGAUACAGCAGCUAUAAAUAUUAAACUGAUAAUGCAGUGAAACAGUGAAAUCAGUCAUAUUUUAUCUAGUCUUUUAACAGGGUUGUUUAAGUAAAGGUAUUGUUAGUGAUCCACAAGCCCCAGUUUGACUCCUGUUAGUUACAUUAAUGCUUUCCAAAGGCUUU